CUAACGCAUGUGCGUGUUCGUUUUUAAGGUUUGUGAGUAAAGCCGAAAGUGUGUGUAAAUAGGAAUCUUGUAGCUGUGACAUUUCCACCAAUAUGAAGCCUAUCAAUUUGGAUACCCAGUCGUCAAGUGACGUGCGAUAUUUAAAUUUGUCCAAUAUCCCUAAAAGUUAUGAAGAUGUAGUAAAUACUGUUUUGGAAGAACGGCAGUCACUUUCUGUGGUCGAAGUGGAUAAAGUGAAAGGAUAUGUUGUUAAUAUUGAAAACGAGAAUCAAGAUGUUUGUGACCUAACAUUAACUGCUCACGAAGUUGGAAAGUUUGCAACAGAAUUCCGAACAAAGAGAAUUUGGCUUGGAAUCUCCAUUGAAACUUUCCAUUCAUCUUUUAACUCCUGGGUUGGCGAAGAAGUGAAGUUCAACAUUAGAGACUUUGAAACAUUGGAUUUAACCAUGGAAGAAUCAAUUGACUUACUGCCAGAUCUAAAAGAGUGGUUGGAACAAGUUGAAAAGGCUAAGGCAGAGGGUGAUGUGGCUCUUGCCAAAUUCUUGGGUAAAGAUUUAAAAGCAAAACAACGGAAAUGUUUGAAUGAAAAAACCAAAGCAAAACUCAUGAAACUGUACGAAGACACACCUAAUCCGACAAAGAAACAAAUGCAAGAGCUAUCAAAGGAAAUAAUGAUUGCAGAGUUCUCCAUAGAACAGUGGUUCCACAAAAAGAGGAGAUUUGACAAGAGAGAGAAUCGUAUAAAAGCUAGAUUGGAGGCAAAGAAGAAAAAUGAAGAACGGUUAAACAAGGAAAAGAAUGCGUAUUGGGAUGAAAAAUUGAAAAAUCUGAUGAGUGAUUACUACAAGGAAAAAGAAUUUAAUAAGAAAUUGUUCGAAAGACUAAAAAGUGAAGGAAAACGAACUUCAAAAGGUAGAAAACGGAAAUUAAAACAAACAACCAAAGAAACGGAGAAGAAAAACUUAAUGGAGGACAAAGUUGCUUCUGCGACCUCUGAGGAUGUUCCACCACAAAGAAACCUCCGGGAAAGAAAAAAUCGGAAAAAAUAUAUUGAAGAUGAAUCUUUUAAUAACGAUGAAGUUUCCGUGUCAGAAAUGCAAGAAAAUAUACAACAGCAACAAAAUGACCUAUUUUCUCACAUGUCUAAUUCACAAACUAUUGAAAAAGAAGAGAACGAUAAUAAAGAUAAUCCCACUCCCCACAAUUAUUCCGAUCCUCUGCCUCCCGUAAACAGCAUAUUUAGUAGACAAGUCACUUCUACAAUACCAACUUCCACUGUGACCAAACAUAUUAGUGAUCAAAACAAUACCACCCAAGUCUGCUCAUCUCAAACACCAGUUGAAACCAGUCCAAACCAGAUCAUGUACCCUAGAAACAUCAGCACUUUGUGUUCGAACAUGAAAACUACUCCUGUAAGAUGUGUAAUAAAAAUCCCAUCAAACACUAACUUAAAAGCUCAACAGCAAAACCUGAUAAAUGGCCAGGUAUCAGGUAAAGCAAAAGACAAAGAAUUCCACAAGCAAACUCUUAGUGACAUGCCAAUAACACUAACAGAUACAGAGUCGAAGUUUUUUAAUAGUUCCAUUCCAAUUUGUGAGCUUGUACCACAGAUUUCUGACAGUACAAAAUCGAAUACAGCAAAUACUCCACAUAUAUCAGAUAUUGGGAACGAAAUUCCCCAACAACUUUUAAAACCCACACCCUCAAAGGUUGCUCAAGAUAACUUUAAAGUUGCAGGUCCGCCGAAAUUGAACUGCUCAAAAACCAAUGUUCUUUUGAUGGUCUUCAGCCAGACACACCAUCCUGAUAUUAGUAUGAUCCAAUUCUUAUCAGCACAACUUAAAUUAAGCACCUCAUCCGUAGAAAAGUGGUUUGAAAUGAUGAGAUUGCAAAACAACAUCUCUUAGUCCAGCUAGGCAUUUGCCUAUGUUGAAUCCGCAAGCGUUGCUUACUUUAUUUAUAUUAAAAUACUGGUCAAUACUGUUAUUUUAUUACAGUGGGCGUAAUAUUCAUGCUUCGAAAAACUUUCUUUUGGAUAAAUUUCCUGUUGAGAAAUAAGAAGAAAAUUACUGUUUUUUUUUAUUUUGUUACGCUGUGAUCAUAUUUUUUCAUAACUUUUGUUUUAAAUUUACACUGCCCAUGAUGUGCCAUUGUACUUUCGUUGAGUUUUUCUGUUUUAUUGUUCACAUAUACACAAUAUCUUCAUCAA